CGCAAGCGUGUGGCUUCUGCUUUGGACGUCUUUAGUCACUGGGGAGGGGGGGAGUACUCUGCAAUCGCCACUACCGUCAGGCGCUGGUGGCCCGGAAAGGAAGCUGGCGAUUUGAGGCUCUUUUGAUCUCCACGCUUUAGGGAACUUGGCACCUAAAAGGAGAGGAUCGGGAGGGCUCAGCCGCGCCUUAACCCCUUCAUCACCAGCUCUCUGCUUGUGAAGAUUCAGUACUGACAGAAGGGCGCUCUGCAUGUACUCAGAGUUUUGCUGCAUGGAGAAUAAAUGGGAAUGAUUCAAACCUAUUUGCAGAAACUGAAAGAAGACUGAAGUUAAUGGAAGCAGCAGGCUGUGAACAAUCAUUCCAUACAAAUGUUUUCUGUCUCGUAAUGUAAAACUCCUCUGAACCUUAUGAUUAUGAAGUCUAUCCCAAGGAUAAUCUGGCAAUCUUAAAUAUAUUCGUAGGAAGAGGCAAUGCAGCAGAAGCCUCCUGAUGAAAUCUCUGGUGUGAUACUGAGCAACGAUGACAUUGGUGCCAGUGGAAUAUGGGCAACAUGGCAGCAUCUUACAUGGGUGAGAAAGAGACGAAGGGAUCAUGUGGCCCAAUUACUGCAAACUACAUAUUUUGUGCUGGGUUCUGGCAGUGCUGGCUAUUCUCGCUUUAGUCCACAACUUUUAUCAGUUAGAGAAUCUGGAUGACGCACGCUUAAAGUGGUUGAUAGAAGAUGAUGACCAGCAGUCUCCAUCACAGGUGACUAAAAUACCCAGAAAACUGUUCUGUGGCUAUGAGCACCAAGCUUUGUCCAAGAGAGAACAAUGGGAAGAAGAGUCCUUAUUUGCUGCUAUAGAGUGGCCCACACCUCCAGCAGACAAAAUCCCAUUUGUGAGGAGCACUGACUCUUCCCACAGCAACUUUGUGAUACUGAAUACACACUCACAUUUCAAGGUUGGUGAUCAGCUGGAGGUGUUAGUCCAUGUGAAGGAUUAUGAAGGGAAACCAAAGCAAUAUGGUGGAGAUUACCUUCAAACAAGAAUCCACUCUGCUCAUCUGAAAGCUGGAGCCAUUGGAAGAGUUGUAGAUUACCAGAAUGGAUCUUACAGAGCCUUUUUUACUUUGCUUUGGCCAGGGGAGGUUAUAGUAUCUGUCUCCUUGGUCCACCCUAGUGAAGGGGUUCAAAUCCUUCAACGUUUACGAGAAGAGAGACCAGACAGGGUCUUCUUUAAAAGCCUAUUCAAAUCAGGGAGGAUUUCAGAAACAACUGUGUGCAAUGUGUGUUUGCCUGGAAAUAUGCCAGUCUGUAACUUUACAGAUCUUUACACUGGCGAGCCAUGGUUUUGCUACAAGCCAAGAAAACUCUCCUGUGCCACCAGGAUCAACCAUUACAAAGGGGGCUAUGAGAAGGGCCUUUUAACCUCAGAGGAGAGACGUUUUUUCCAAAGUAAUGUGAAUAUCAAAGUGCCAAUCCCUUCCAGUGGUCCUGAUACAGUCAUUGUAAGACCCUUGGAACAUGCAGAGAUGGACAGUCUGGAAAGAUCUUCAAGCACAGAUGUAUUUCCUUCUGGUUACUAUUAUCAAGAUGAAUGGCAACCAAGAGCACAAUGGAUUCGGCAUUUUAACAAGUCAUCAGAUAUUACUGAAUGUUUACAAGGAAAACUUAUCCAUUUGUUUGGAGACUCUACAAUCAGACAGUGGUUUGAAUAUCUGACUGCAUUUGUCCCAGAUCUCAUGGAAUUGAACCUUGGCAGUCCUAAAAAUGUCGGUCCUUUCGUGUCUGUGGACCCAAAGCACAACAUCCUGCUAAAAUUCCGCUGUCAUGGGCCUCCCAUUCGCUUUUCCAUUGUUUUUAGCAACGAGUUGCACUACAUAGCCAAUGAAUUGAACCGAAUUGUAGGUGGGAAGAACACUGUGAUAGCCAUAAGUAUCUGGUCUCACUUCAGCACUUUCCCAGUAGAAGUGUAUAUCAGGAGACUAAGGAAUAUUCGCAGAUCAGUUGUUCGGUUGUUGGAUCGGAGCCCCAAAACUCGGGUAAUCAUUAGAACAGCCAACGUUCAGGAGCUUGGACCAGAGGUUAGCCUUUUCAACAGUGACUGGUAUUCCUAUCAGCUUGACACAAUCAUGAGAAAGAUGUUCUCAGGAAUUGGAGUGUACCUUGUGGAUGCUUGGGAGAUGUCACUAGCACACUAUUUGCCGCACAAAUUACACCCAGAAGAUAUCAUUGUCAAAAACCAGUUAGAUGCUUUCUUAUCUUUUGUGUGUCCACUGGAAACACACUACAGCUUCUUGAGAGGAAUCCAUAAUCAAAUGUGGUCUCUAUUGGUAUAAAUUCUUAACAUUUGCACUAGCUAUUUAUCAUGGAUUAUUGAUAAUUGGAGAUGCCCAUAACAUUCACCUGAUCUGCCCAGCCUGCACUGUAGCAUGCAUAUUCAUAUUUGCUGUUUUGAUAUGAUGUAUUUGAUUUUAAAGUGUAUGCUAAAUGGUGUCUAAUAAAUUGUCUACAAUCAGUUCAUUAUUUAUUUUAAAAUGGGGGCUGAAUUUUUAAAAAAUGCUACUUAUGUACAUUUCUGUAUCACUUUUGCAGUGUGGAUCUCCUUGUGGAUGCUUCCUGUAUUGCUUUCAGUGAAGCACACAUCCUAAUGCAGAUAGGGAUGUGUAUUGAACAUAGGCAGGUAACUCAGACCAUUGGUAAGGCUACCAUAUGGAAAAGAGGAUAAGUCUGCUAUACCUUUUAAGAGAUGCACAGAAAAGGUAACUUCAGCAGGUGCAGUUUGUUAUGCAGGGGCAAGAAAGGCUGCACCUGCUGAAAAUCCCACUUCUGUUCAUCAAAGGUACAAGAGGCCUACUCUCUUUUCCAUAUGACAGCCCUAACCAUUGAUCCAUCUUGCUCAGUAUUGUCCAACUGACAAGAGUUUGGACCAAGGUCUUUCCCAAGCCUGCUAUCCAAUCUUCUUUUAAAUGAAGAUGCUGGGGAUUAAACCUAGGAUCUUCAGCAUGCAAAAAUAUGUGCUUGUCACUGAACAUGGGCCCUCUUCAGCUGUAUGCGCAUUUGAGUGAACACUCCAUUGAAAGUUACUCAGGGUAGCCCGGCCACAUCUGCCCUUCAAUGCAUCUUUGGAUGUGCACUUGUGUUUCUGUGGGGAGGCAUUCCUCCAUACAGCUUAAACCAUUUUUGGGAUGGUGAUGGGAGGGAAGAAACUUUAGAACAAACCCAGGUUUCUUCCUUUCAGCCUAUCACCCAGCUCUGGUGAUGAGGGCUUUUGCCAAUAUUACGGGCAGUGCACAUGUGCAGCCCUCCGUCCCCACCAGUUGGGGCAAGGUUCACUCCCACCACAGCAGGACUCCCUCUGUAGCUCUUUCCUCUAUUUUGGUGUUCAGUGUGUCUGCUUGCAGGACACCAAUUUCAUUUUGUUUUGUUUGCUUGUUUUUAUAUCCCGUUCUUCCUCCAAGGAGCCCAGAGUAGUAUACAAUACAUGGGUAUUUCAAUACUGUGAGGUGAGUUAAGCUGAGAGAGACGUGCCUGGCCUAGAGUCACCCAGUGGGUUUCAUAGCAGAAUGAGGAUUUGAACUUGGGUCUCCCCAGUCCUACUCCAACACUGACAGUUCUAACCAGUACACCAUGCUGCACACUUACUAAUGAGAGUGUUUUAAUAAGUACAUUUAGAUAGCCUAUAUGAGAAUCUCCUGAUUGAUUUGAUAUUUUCCAUGGGAGGACAUUAUCACUAAUAUUGAUUAAGUAUUUGAGAUAUAUUAGCUUUCUCUAUCUGCAUGUACUGCAUCCGUGUACUGCAUGUACACGGACACCGUUUUAAAGACCCUUCUCAGUAGUUAAGUUCUGUGGAAUAGUGGAAGGAUCACUUGGGGACCUUCGUUUCUCUUUAAAGUUGCUGAAAGUAGGAAAGGAUCCCUUAGACUACAGUGAACAAUAAAAUAAGCAGUUUUAAAUGUCUCUUGAUUCCUGAUUUUUAAAACAUAUAUAGAAGAGCGGUUUUGAAAACCAUUAGGCAAUAGCUGCUAUUAUAUUAAAAGCUGCUGCAUCUACUCUUAUUUCACAAAUAUCUGUAUUCUGAACCAGUCUGGAUUUGGCGCUUGCCUAGAGAGUUUACAAGCUGUAAUAAAUGGACCAGAUAUGGACAUGGGGUGUAUGAAGUCAGAGAUUAAUACAGUAGCCGUAGCAGAGACGUGCAGAAAUGAAUGACAGAGAAUGGCUAUUGGUUCCUUCUGAAUGGCGAUAGGAAUGUAUUGAAUUUGCAAAUCGCCCCUGAAAUGCACUAACUCAGGGUCCCUGUUUACUUACACACUGGGGAGAGUUGGAUGGCAGAAGAGAAGCAGACAAGAAUAAGGGGUUGGAUGAUUCAGGAAAGACUGCUAGUACAGUGUAGUAGUAGAAGAAGAAGAAAGUGUGUCUUGGAAAAAGAGAGAAAUGUGGUCUGAUUUGGGUGGUUUCUGGAAGGAAGGCUGUUUCAGGCAUUACAUCAGACAGGAAAAGAGCUUUAAAAAACCUUUUGUACAGGAGCUUGUGCAUUGAUUGCCUCACUACCUACAAGCCCAAAGAGUGAAUGGAACAGCUUCCAACCUAUUCAGAUAUCCAGCACUUUAGGACAAAAUUAAAUGUAACAAAGUUCAAUCAUUUACUGUAGAUCCAUUUAAAAAAAUGGAACUGUGGUAUUAGUUCGUGCUGGUUUUCACUGAUUAAAUACAUUCAGUCUGCAGUAACACCUGUGAUUAAACUAUUUCUAUAUCCACAA